AUGUUAGCAGACACUUUCUCUGCUACUGCAGUACCGCACGAUCCGGUCGAAGACACAGCCGAUGAAACCAUAUUUUCUGGUCUUCCAUCUGUAUUCAUUCUCAACACGCAUCUAUCUCAAGAGGAGCUAGACGAUGUUGAAAACUGCCUUGUUCAACAUGGUGGAAAUAUAACUUACAAUCCCUCGGAGGCGACGCUUUUCCUGAGCAAAAUCUCCCAAAAGAAACGCGCCGCCCUUGAGCUACGGCGUUGCGACGUCUGGACAGACGAAGUAACAGCUUCUCGAAAAUCACAACCAUCCGGCUCAAAUGGCACACCCGAGCCUCCUCACAAGCGAAGGAAGCAUGCACAAGUCAGCCAUAAGGUUGGCGCUGUGACUGAAAGCAUUGAUCUGACGACAGACUCUGAAAGGGAGCAAGACGAAGUGCAAGUUCACUCUCCCCCAGUCGAGCCAAUAAUACACCCUGAAGAUGCAUCAACGGAUGUUGUUACCAUUCUCAAGCUUGAAUGGUUAGAUAGGUCCGUUGCGGCUGGGAAACCACUCCCACGCAACCCCUUUGUGAUCUAUCGCGGGCGAAAGAGUGGAGCAUCAAAAAAGGCAGUGGUCCCGAAUACACAACCAGCAAAAGUCUCGAGUCAGAUUUUGCAACGUGCGAAAGAAGAUGCUGCAUCGCAGCCGCCCCCACCGGCUGUUUCUAGUCGUUUUCAACAUCGGCGCUCCAAGCAUUCUGCAGAAGGCAGUUCCAGCCAAUUGCAACCACCAACCCUGCAACGCCAGACAACAUCCGAGAAUGAUGAUCCUAUCUCGAUGCCACCACAGCCAGAUUGGGUUCGUGAUCAUGUUCCCUACGCUUGUUUGCGAUCGACACCUCUACAUUCACCAAAUGAGGAUUUCAUCUCCCAGCUUAUAAAAAUUCGCCAAAUACGCAAGCUUACACUGAAUGAAAUUGGAGUGCGUGCAUAUAGCACUUCGAUUGCAGCUAUAGCCGCGUACCCUUACAGGAUCCGCCGGUCUAGUGAGGUCCUUCAGCUACCGGGAUGCGACGCAAAAGUUGCGAAUCUCUUUGCCGAAUUCCAAGAACACGGCAGUUGCUCGCACUCCGAAGACGACGGUAGCAUCUCCGCCGCAGAUGAACUAGACACGGACCCUGUUCUACGAGUUCUGAACACCUUCUACGACAUAUGGGGUGUUGGUGCCAAGACAGCACGCGAAUUCUACUACAGUCGAGGCUGGAGAGACCUCGAUGAUAUCGUUGAGCAUGGUUGGAAUACACUGUCUCGCGUGCAGCAAAUAGGGGUGAAGUUUUUCGAUGAAUUUAAGGAGGAAAGUGAGGCAAUAGCUGCCAUUGUCAAGGAGCACGCAAAUAAAGUAAGGCCGGAGUCGAAGAACGAAAUUGAUUGCAUUAUUGUUGGUGGCUAUCGGCGAGGAAAGGAAUUGGGUGGAGAUGUCGACAUUAUACUCACACAUCGAGAUGAUUCCGUCACCCGAAACCUCGUCUUUGACGUUGCUGCGAGUCUCGAGGAGCAAAAAUACAUUAAUCAUACGCUCUCCCUGCAUUUGACCUCGACACAUCGAGAACAGCAAACUACUCCUUAUCACGAUGAAACUGGGAAGCAUUUUGAUUCGCUCGACAAAGCACUAGUUGUUUGGCAAGAGCCAAAUUUCGACAGUUCGAAACACCGGAAAAAUCCCAAUCCUCAUCGCCGAGUGGAUAUCAUCAUAUCACCAUGGCAAACUGUUGGUUGUGCAGUUCUCGGAUGGUCAGGUGAUACGACAUUCCAGCGCGACUUGAGGCGUUGUGUUAAGAAGUCUCACGGUUGGAAGUUUGACUCUAGUGGUGUACGUGGGCAGACUUCUGGCGGUCAGGUUAUUGAUCUUGAGCAGGGCGGGGAGACUUGGGAAGAACGGGAGAAACUGGCAAUGGAAAGGUUGGGCAUUGGAUGGAGACCCCCGGAUCAGAGAUGCUCGCGAUGA